AUGGAGGUGAAACCUUUGAAAAGAAUUUCAUUUUCCAUCCUUGCAAUUUUCAAAAUUGCAUUGUUUGAAUUUAAUAAAUGCAACUUUUUGUCAAAAUACCUUCAUGCUUCCAUCAGAUCUCUAGCAGCCCAUUUGCCCAACUCAUGGAACAAAUUAAGCACUACCACCAUAUCAUCUGGCCUAAUUACUACUAAAGAGUUUUUGACUUCUGAAGAGAUAAACAUGGUCAUGGUUCAACUAGGAUUGCAACAACAUUGUUGCCGUAUGGGGAACAGUAGCAUUGACAUUUUGUCGGUGUUUGAUGAUGCAGAACCGACUUUGAGUGAAGUUAAGGUGGCUUUUAAUUUGUUUGAUGAGAACUUAGAUGGUUUUAUAGACGAGUUUGAAUUGCACAAAUUGUUGUGCAAGUUUGGACAACAGGAAAUGGCAAACUUUGAGGAAUGCAGAAAUAUGAUCAAGGGAUUUGAUGUCAAUGGGGAUGGACUCCUUGACUUUGAUGAAUUUGUUAGACUCAUGGAGACAUGUUCCUUUUAA